ACGUAGAUGAGCAGGCUGAAGUGGUGAAUCCCCGUCCAGCCCCGAUGAAGCAAAACAAAACGGCAUCAAACCAGCCUUUCCUCCUUAGGUGCCCUCAUCCUGCUGCAGCAGGGCUUUCCUGUGGAGAAAGACAAGCUUCUGUUGAGCCGAAGUGCCUUUUUUUUUUUUUUUUUUUUUUACUGACAAUGACAACAGAGCGAACAGAGUAGCUACAAUGGGAGACUGGGGAGGUGGGUGUGGGUAAACCGGAGCUGAAGAAGAAGGCAAGUGAAGCUGCUUCCCCUGUGGAUGAGAAAGGUGCGUCUCUGUCUCAUCCAAUGGACUGACUCCUGCACCUGCAGGCUUUAUUCAUUGUUUUUUUGUUCGUUUUGUGAAUGAGAUCAAUUUGUUUUAAUAACUAGCUCGGGGUUGAUGAGCAAAGGGUUAAAACGACGCGCAGCUAUAGACGCCAGGGGAGCUGAAGUCAUCCGGCAGCGCGCAGAGCGAGGAGGAGGAGGAGGAGGAGGAGGAGGAGGACACGCAGAACAAGCUCCUAAAGAAACAGAUCUGUGACGACUCAAGCCGUGCUCAGUUCUUCUCUUGUCCUCUUUGCGUUCAUUUGCCCCUAAGUCUGACACUCUCAGCCUCAGAGGGGUUAAAAAACAAAAGCAAAUAAACAAACAGGCAGAGCGGGAGGUAAACAGAAAGCGCGCAGUCCCUCAAAGAUGGCUCAAACGACGCUCAUCGUCCAUUCCGCCUCCCGGGAGCGGACCGGAGCGCAGGAUGAGAGCUCCGUCGCGCUCCAUCCACUGUGAGAGCUGGAGGGGAGUGUCACCUGACAGGUGGUCCUGUUACCCACCCCCUCCUCCAGGGUUCAGAGACACCCCGCUCUUGUCUCAGGCUCGAAACCCGAGCGUGGAAACAACGCGCGCGCCUCCUGUUUCCAGAACUCUCCUCACUUUCUCUUCCUUUUCGGGGCUGCUGCUAGUCUGAGCCACUCGGUGAAACUUUGGCUCAGUUCCUCCCAUCUUCGCCUCGGGGUACCUCGGAGUGACGGGCUGCUGUUGUCAAAAGUCCCGAAGUGUCUGAGAGCUCAGCGGCCGCUGCAGCAGGGAGGAUGCCGGUGCGGCGGGGCCAUGUGGCCCCGCAGAACACUUUCCUGGACACCAUCAUCAGGAAAUUUGACAGUCAAAGUCGUAAGUUCCUGAUUGCCAAUGCGAGAGUGGAGAACUGCGCCAUCAUCUUCUGUAACGAUGGGUUUUGCCACAUGUGUGGCUACACGCGGGCCGAGAUCAUGCAGAAGCCUUGUACGUGUAACUUCCUGUACGGUCCGGACACCAAGCGACUGGCUAUUGCCCAGAUGGCUCAGGCCCUGCUGGGGUCAGAGGAGAGGAAAGUGGAGAUCAUCUUAUACCGAAAAGACGGUCAGUGUUUCCUGUGCAUGGUGGAUGUGGUGCCAGUGAAGAACGAGGAUGGCGUGGUGAUCAUGUUCAUCUUGAACUUUGAGGUCAUGACUGAUGAAGUACGGAAAGAUCACAAACGACAGCUGAAUCAUCGCCUCCCCACCUGGCUUGUUACAGGUCGCCCCCGUGGCUUUAAGUUGCGUCUGCCCCCACUGCGCUCCCUGUCCAACAGUAAAGCAUCACUGGAUGACGCAGAGGCAGGUCACAAUCCCAUACCUACAGCCCUGCCUCUCCAUCCGGACAACAGUCACGAGUCUUUAGGCUUGGGGGAGUUCUUGCCCUUACCUCCCUUGCAAGCAGCCCACCAGGAUCAACAAAGUAGAAACAGGUCAAUGCAUCAGAAAUGGUCAGAAGACUGCCAGGAGGACCGGCGCACCUUACUGUGUGCUGAGCCUCCAGUGUCACCUCCUUCACUACCUCCCCCCGAAGCCCACCUGGUCGCUCCCUUCAACCAGUCCUCUUCUUGUGCAUUGCCCAGCCUCCGGCUCAGUCUGAACCCUGACGGCUCAGGCUCAAACUGUUCUCUGACACACAGCCGCUCACGGGAAAGCUUCUACAGCAUGCGUCGGGCUUCUUCUGUGGAUGAGAUAGAGGCCAUGAGGCCAGAAUGGGACCGAAAGAACCGGAGACCAAGCCUUCGGCCAGCCAGCAGCAGCACUGGUGCAGUAAACUGCAAGUCAAACAUGUUGAACUCUACUUCAGACUCUGACCUCAUGCAGUAUCGCACUAUUUCCAAAAUCCCUCAAAUCACUCUCAAUUUUGUGGAUUUCAAACCAGACCCCCUCAUUGCUCUGCCCUCUGGGGAGAUGGAUAUCAUAGCACCCUGCAAACUCAUUGACCGGACACACAAUGUCACAGAGAAGGUGACACAGGUGCUGUCUCUAGGUGCAGAUGUGUUGCCAGAGUACAAGCUUCAAGCUCCUCGCAUUCACAAGUGGACGGUUUUGCAUUACAGCCCCUUCAAAGCAGUGUGGGACUGGCUCAUUCUGCUGCUGGUCAUUUACACCGCCAUCCUAACGCCCUACUCAGCUGCUUUCCUCCUCAAUGAGGAAGAGGUAGCCAAGCAGAACUGUGGUUACUCCUGCUCUCCUCUCAACGUGGUGGACCUCAUAGUGGACAUUAUGUUCAUUAUUGACAUCCUCAUCAAUUUCAGAACAACAUAUGUAAACUCGAAUGAUGAAGUGGUGAGCCACCCAGUGCGUAUUGCUGUGCACUAUUUCAAAGGUUGGUUCCUCAUCGACAUGGUGGCUGCUAUUCCCUUUGACCUGCUGAUUUAUCGCAACGGAGAAGAGACCACCACUCUAAUAGGGCUGCUGAAAACUGCUCGUCUGCUGCGACUGGUCCGCGUAGCCAGAAAGUUAGACCGCUACUCCGAGUACGGCGCAGCCGUCCUUUUCCUUCUCAUGUGCACCUUUGCACUCAUCGCUCACUGGCUGGCCUGCAUCUGGUACGCAAUUGGUAAUGUUGAGAGAAACGGUUCUAUAGGUUGGCUCCACACGCUGGGGGAGCAGCUGGGAAAACAAUUCAAUGAUACUAUUAAAGGUUCAGGACCAUCAAUCAAAGACAAGUAUGUGACGGCUCUUUACUUCACAUUCAGCAGUCUGACAAGCGUGGGAUUUGGAAACGUUUCACCCAACACCAACUCUGAGAAGAUCUUCUCCAUCUGUGUAAUGCUCAUUGGGUCCCUGAUGUACGCCAGCAUCUUUGGGAAUGUGUCGGCCAUCAUCCAGAGGCUGUACUCGGGAACGGCUCGCUACCACACCCAAAUGUUAAGAGUCAGGGAGUUCAUCCGCUUCCAUCAGAUCCCCAACCCUCUCAGGCAGAGGCUGGAGGAGUACUUUCAGCACGCCUGGUCCUACACCAAUGGUAUUGACAUGAAUGCAGUACUGAAAGGUUUCCCAGAGUGUCUCCAGGCAGAUAUCUGCCUCCACCUGAACCGAACCUUGCUGCAGAACUGUAAGGCUUUCAAAGGCUCUACUAAGGGCUGCCUCAGGGCUUUGGCCAUGAAGUUCAAGACCACCCACGCACCCCCGGGAGACACGCUGGUUCACGCUGGCGACGUCCUCACUGCCCUUUACUUCAUAUCCAGAGGAUCUAUAGAGAUCCUUCGAGGAGAUGUGGUGGUAGCUAUCUUAGGGAAGAACGACAUCUUUGGUGAGCCCAUCAACCUGUAUUCCCGACCCGGUAAAUCCAAUGCUGACGUGAGAGCUCUUACUUACUGCGACCUCCAUAAAAUUUUAAGAGAAGAUGUUUUGGAGGUGCUGGACAUGUAUCCUGAGUUUGCAGAUCACUUCUGGAGCAACCUGGAAAUCACCUUCAACCUCAGAGACACCAACAUGAUCCCAGGCUCUCCGAGCAGUGAUGACUCCACCUGUGGGGGAUUCAACAAAUUACGGAGACGAAAGUUAUCGUUUCGAAGACGUACAGAAAAAGAUGAUGCUGCAGAUAUAAAAAAGUCUCAAAAAGCGUCAAAGCAAAGGCAGAAGGAGGCAGCCAGCAACAAAAAAGAGAAGGAGGAAGUGGCUAAAAGACAGUGGGGGGCACGUCGAAGCUCAGCAUCUCCAAACUCCAGUGGGGAUGAGGGGGACAGAUCAAUCGUGAUUGGCCUUGCUCCACCACCUACAAUGACUCUGAAGACUCAAGCCCCUCCCAGAAACUUUAGUGAGAAUACUGAGGGUGAUGGGGACCCCAAAGCGGGGAACGCAUGCAAUGCCUUUUCAGGAGCAUUCUCUGAGGUGUCCAACAUUUUUAGUUUCUGGGGAGAGAACCGAGGGGCUAGUCGGUACCAGGAGGUCCCCAGCAGCAGCCUAGCCUCCCUUCCGCCUGUAAACACAUCGCACCACAGCAUGAGUCAACAGAAACGCAAUCAGCUGGACACACGGCUGGACCUGCUGCAGAAACAGCUCAUCAGGUUGGAGAAUCGCAUGUCAGCGGACAUUGGCGCCAUCAUGCAGCUGCUGCAACGACAGAUGGCCCUGGUUCCUCCUGCCUACAGCGCAGUUUCUUCACCUCCUCAGCCCUCACCCUUUCUCGAUCCUGAUCCAGGACCAGACCUAACAGAGAGGUUGGGAGAGAGACAGCCUGUGGAGACAGAAGCACCUGCCUCUCCAUCACAG